CACAGCCCAAGUGUGAAGAAACUCCAGCUCGCUCGGGCUUGUACACGCAACAGCACAAGACACAUUUUACACAUAACAUUUCUGUAUACGUUGGAAAAUCACAUUGAAAAAAGGCACUCAAUCAAACCGAGUGUGGAGAUCUCCUAGCAACAGCUCGCUCAGGUGCAAACAUAUCUGAGUGUGGAGAUCGAUCCUAGCAACAA